AUGAUAAUUCCAAUUACACCAACUGGGAUCUCUGAUCCAAAGAAUGCGUCAAUUGCGGAUCUCGGAAUUCCGGCGUAUGGCUGCGGGCGUAAGAACAGAAGACCAUAUAAGACUCGCAUCCCACACGAGUUCAAGGAACGUGGUCAUCUUCCAGCCAGCACCUUCAUCAUGCCUUUUUCCAACCCAAAAUUUCCAUUAACUGAGGAGAAUCUGCCCGACCAGAGUGGAAAGGUCUUUAUCGUCACCGGUGCAACCUCUGGCUACGGUCUUCUUCUGUCGACAUUUCUGUACCAGCGAAAUGCAACAGUCUACCUUGCCGCGCGAAACAGCAAAAGGAUAGACGAAGUCAUCGCAGACCUGAAAGAGCGCUUCCCCAACUCCACUGGACAGCUCGAGGCACUAAGCCUCAAUCUGUCAGAUCUCACCACAAUCAAGACGUCAGCAGAUGAGUUCCUGAGCAAGGAGUCAAAGCUGCAUGCUCUAUGGAACAAUGCCGGCGUCAUGUUCCCGCCUGAGGGAUCGCAGAGCACUCAAGGCUAUGAGCUUCAGCUGGGAACAAACAAUGUUGGGCCUCACUUGUUCACGAAGCUCUUAUAUCCAACUCUGGCUCGGACUGCGAAAGAGUCACCCCCGAAUUCAGUUCGAGUGGUUUGGGUCGCUUCGGAUGCUGUUUCAUGGGCACCGAAGCCUGCAAUUGAUUUCUCGAAUUUGGAUUACCAUCAGAAUGAGUCCGCUCGGAAUAAGUAUGGCCGCAGCAAGGCGGGGACUGUUCUACAGGCUGUUGAGCUGGCGAGGAGAUCGCAAGAGGACGGCAUCGUGAGCAUUGCUCUCGACCCUGGAAUUGCCAUGACAAACCUGCAGAAAGAUAUGAACCGGUUUCUAGCAGCAGCUGUUAGACUGGUGGCAAACAAACCCGAAGUCGGCGCCUAUACUCAGCUCUUCGCGGGUCUGCAUCCUGACGUUACUACUGAGGUUGCAAAGAAAGAGUGGAUCUGCCAUCCUGGGAAAAUCGCCUGCCCAAGGCGAGACCUCUUCACCGACACCGAAUUGAGUCGGAAGUUCUGGGAGUGGAAUGAGGAGCAGAUCAAGCCAUAUCUUUGA